AUGAGAAUCCCCAUCGGUUACCUGUACCUGGGCCUCAUCGCUCUCUUCAUCCUUACCCUCUACCUCUACACCCGCUUCUGCAUUCCGCCGCCCCGGAGUCGACCCCUCAGAUCGGUAGUGGAUGGCAGCCACUCGAUCGCGACCAAGCUAGGGAGCUUCUCGAAGCUCCUCUACUCUCAGGUGAAGGGCGCAGGCUCGAGCUGCUGCUCCAUUUGCUUGUUGGAGUACAAGGAGAGGGACGUGCUGAGGCUGCUGCUGGACUGUGGCCAUUAUUUCCACUCGAAGUGCAUCGAUCAGUGGUUGAGAACGAACCCAUCCUGUCCGAACUGCAGGACCUCGCCGGUCUCGAUUCCGGUCCCAACUCCGGUCGCGACGCCCCUUUCUGAGGUCCCCAUGUUGAUGGCACCGCGGCAGUGA